UAUAAAAAAAUAAGAUAAUUAAUAAUGAUAAUAAAUGUAGUGUUUUGGUGUUUGCGCAACCGCUAACGAGAGUUGCGCACUGAACCCAAAUUAAGAAAAACUGAAACUUAAGUAUCGACUCCAUCGCGCAAGUAUCGGCACGGUACCGAUACCCGUGUGGUAUCGAUACUACCGAUACUUCAGCUCGAUCCGCCCACCACCACUGGUGUGUGCCCACCUUGUUCCAGCGACGAGCGACCCGAGAGCCAUCUGCUUGAAGUUGAAUAUAUUUCAGGCUGAAGCCGCCGGUCCGGCCCGCAUCUUCCCUCCCCUUCGCAUUUCGGGGGUCGCUGUCGUAGCGUUGAUAGUUCACGGUAUUAUAAUAAUGAGCCAGGAUGUGAUGGGGGCGCCGCGCUGUUAUCGUUAGCUAGGCGGAGAAAUUCCUUCAACCAGGCGGCCUGCUGAUUCAAUCACUGCGGGUUGACACAGCUUUAACCCACGGUAGCUAAUGCAGCUAGCUGCGGCGUGGAUAGUGCAAUAAUCUCUCACUACCAAGGACUAUUACUUUUAGCAUAAACUACCUAGCAACGGUUGCUGCUACGGACUCGGAUGUCGCGACGCUGCAGUUUUACGCCACUUUUGUCGGAUUGAAUUGGACAAAAAAAAAAAAAAAAAAAAGAUAGAAUUGCACCUCCAAGUGAAACAAGGGGUUAAAAUCCAGUGGCUAAUCUGUCGUAGUAAUUUUUUUUUUUAACAUUAGCAGUAUUAAGAGAGAGGCAGAGCAUCUUCGGGGAGGCCCCGCCGUCUCCUCCCGGCUCCCUCCCCCCUCUUUCCGAGUCUCCCGUGAUUUGCCGAGAACACCCGGGCGAAGUCGCAGUUGCUCUCGGCUGGGGGGACAACUUGACAGCGAGGCCCCUGGCUAGUCUCCCCUCCCCCCCUUUUCCCAGUCCCGUCCAUCCAUCCAUCCAUACAAACAUCCAUCCAGCCAUCCGUCCGUCCACCCCGCCCGACGAACCACCUCCUCGCCCGAGAUCGAAGCGAGGAAACGGGGGACUUCGGGACGCGCUGAGACCGUCGGGGGAAGUGUUUGCCAGGUCCCGUCUGAACCGGGCUUGCCACAAGCAGAGGGGAUGACUCUGGAGUCCAUGAUGGCUUGCUGCCUGAGCGAAGAGGCGAAGGAGUCGAAACGAAUCAAUGCAGAAAUCGACAAACAACUCCGCCGAGACAAGCGGGACUCCAGGAGGGAGCUGAAAUUGCUACUCCUCGGUACGGGAGAAAGCGGCAAGAGCACCUUCAUCAAGCAGAUGAGGAUCAUCCACGGAGCGGGCUACUCGGACGAAGAUAAGAGGGGCUUCAUUCGGCUCGUUUACCAGAACAUCUUCACGUCCAUGCAGUCCAUGAUCCGGGCCACCGAGACCCUCAAGAUCCCCUACAAAUACGAGCAGAACCGGUCUAAUGCCAUGCUCGUGAAGGAGGUGGACAUCGAGAAGAUCUCCGGCUUUGACCAGCCCUACAUCGCAGCUAUUAAAUGCCUGUGGUCCGACCCGGGGAUCCAGGAAGCCUACGACCGGCGCAGAGAGUACCAGCUCUCCGACUCCACUAAAUAUUAUCUUUCGGAUCUGGACCGUAUUGCAGAUCCCAACUAUCUUCCCACUCAGCAGGAUGUACUCAGGGUGCGCAUCCCCACCACAGGAAUCAUAGAGUACCCCUUCGACUUGCAAAGCAUCAUUUUCAGGUAGAAAGACGCCCGUCGUGGCUGGGUCCCUCCAUGUGUUGUCGUCAUGAACUCAUUCAGUGUAUGUUCUCCCCCUCCUCCUUAAUGAACAAAAAUCACUCGACUUUUGAUUCACGCAUCUGACUUGUUUGUCUCUGUCCGAUCCCUACGCUUCUUAACUCUUCCCUGCAAUUGUAAAUAUUUCGAGUCAUUCUCAAGUCUCUUCGCGGUCGUACGCUUACCUGCCGCCGCCGCCAACAAUAAUCGUACCACGAAACACAACCCCCCCCUAAUGAACACAAAGUCCUACAUUCUGGUGCCCGGUCUCUGUAAAUGGGUCACCUCCUCUUCUCCUCCUCCUCUCCUCCCUGGCUGGCAGAAGAAACGAGGUCGUCCUCUCCGCGGUGGAGGAAUGUUAUUUUGGGCAGCAGGUCCUGCAGGGCCUAUAUUGGCCUUGGGUCUCUGUGGACCACAGUGGACUGGGCCACCACCAGGGGGCGGCAUUGCGUCGAGGAUUUUUAGCUGAGUUGGGCAACUUUCUCAGAGACCAUGUUGCACCUGGGAGGGGGGGGGAAAUUUUUUUUUUUUUUUUUUUUUUUUUAGGGCACAUGUGCAUCCAGAUGUGCACACAAACAAGGGAAGCGAGAAUUAAAUGCCAUCAGUGCCGUUCAUGGGCCGCUCUUGACAGGAAAAGAUUCCUGACUGGAAUGGGAUUAAUGAAACAGUCGUCACGAACGGAGGCUUUAAUGAAACUGGGACCUGAAUUCUCAGAUGAGUGAAGAUUGACCUUGUCAAGGAGAAGCUCGGGGAACAUGAAACCCAUCUCGAAAGUCAGGAUUGCGGUUUGUGAAUGCCUUCUGCGAUUGGCUGAAACCACACUAUUUAUCCCAGUUUGUUGGCGUCCCCCCCCCCCCCCCCCUCCUCCUCCUCCUCCUCCUCCUCCUCCUCCUCCAUCCAGUUUUUCAACCCAGCCUCCCGUCCUCUGCCUGUCCUCUGGCCUUCAUUUUAAACCCGUCCCGUUUCAAUCGUCUCCUCCCGAGUGUGUUUCAAAGCUUCACAAUGCUCCUCGCGCGAUUCUUCACGGCGCGCUCAGGGGAAGACGGGCCGCGCGGUUGAGAAAUGAGCGCCGCGCGAUCCCCCCCUUUUUUUUUUCACCGUAACUCGUAAACUGGAGCACAGACUGAUGUAGUGUCAGAUGCAGCUCCAUGUAUGGCCAUAAAGAGCGUAAAGAUGAAUGCCCCUCAUUUUAGGCGUUAAUAUUAAGCAUAUGUUUCCGAGACCGCUGAAGGCGCAGCUUUGUAAUCAGCUACAUGGUUUGUUUGUGUGUGUUGGCACCGGGUCUCGGUUGUGUAUUGAACCAGUAAGGAACAAAGGAAGCGGC